AAAUUCCGUGAGGCUUCUGAGUCCGAUGAAAACUGGGUUAGAUUAUUGCCUCCUGAUUGGCUGGCAAUCCUUUCCAGAUCAUCGGCUCACUUGCAUUUCACUUCUUUGAAACAGCUAUACCUCGAUCUUUUCGAUAACCCAUUUUUAAUUGACGGCGAUACAAAGAGCUUUUUCUUGGACAAAUCGAGUGGUAAGAAAUGUUACCUUCUUCCUGCAAGGGAACUGUCCAUUAUAUGCGGUGACUAUCCUCAAUAUUGGAGAUGGAUUUCUCUACCUGAGGAAUCCAGGUUCCCAGAGGUAGCGCUACUUCAUGAUGUGUGGUGGUUUGACAUCAGAGGUAAGAUGAGUACUUCCAUUCUGUCUCCUAAAACACGCUAUGCCGCUUACCUUGUGUACAAGUUGUGGAGCGGAGCCCGUGGAUUUGAUGGCCCUCCUUUCAAGGCUUCAGUGGGAACUGUUGGAGGUGAAGUUUAUAAACAAACUGUUCGUUUGGGCCUUUUUGUCAUGGAGCCAAGCCAACAAGACCGGAUUAUACUGCCGUCGCAGCAACACACUUCACAUCCCAAGCAGAGAAUAGAUGGAUGGUUAGAGAUUGAGUUGGGUCAAUUUUUCAAUGGGGGAGGAGAAGAUGACAAACUGCAGAUUAAACUUAAGGAGGUAGAAGCUAAUACCCAGAAGAUUGGCCUCAUUGUUGAAGGGAUCAAGAUCAAGCCAACAAAGGGUUAGUAAAAUUUGUGUUUU